ACUAUGCAUGGGCAGUUCAGUGCAAGAUGCAAUGGCAGCAUCACAAAGACACGCCAUAGACAUCUAGAGACGCCUCCUCUCUCUCUGGUGGCCGGUAGCUAUAACUAAAAGCCAUGGCGACGAGCAACGGGGCGGAAGAGGCGGGGGAUCUGAGUGCGGCUGCAAUGUGGGGCGACAAAGAGCUUCUGGAGAGCCUUCUGAAGGGCGGCGCGGACCCAGACUUCCCUAAUGCCCAGGGAGACAGCGCUCUCCACGAGGCCGCCUACUACGGAGAGGUUGAGUGUGCCUCCAUACUGCUAGACCACAAAGCGAACGUCAAUAUUGUUGGCGCAGGUGGAAAGGUGAGGCCAAACUUGUACUCCUACUUCUGUAUAUACCGUGCCAAGUUUUUAAAAAUGUUCAUCGAUUGCUAAAUAUUCCAUGAAUUACUUGUUAUUGAGUAGAUAUCAUUACAGUUAAAUUACUUGUAUAUCAGAGAGUCGGUAGACUCUCUAUAUAGGGAUGACACGGGUGAAAUCUCACGUGAUCCGCGUACAAAACGACUAAAAACUCGGUGAGAAUCACUCCCUAGGCCUUCAAAACAUACU